AUGUUCAAGCUCCUGUGUCUGUUUGCUGUCGUUGUGGUGGUGUCAGCGAUGCCUCACGCACCCCAAUGGCCAGCUCCAGGACCAGCUCCAGUGGGAAGAAUCGUGAAGCGAGAUGUGAACGAACCUCCGAGAAUGCCGAACAGUCCCGAAAACGCCCAAGAAGAAGGAAGCGCAGUUGCAGCUGAGGACGACAUGGACAAGGCGGAGACGUUCGGCUUUGGAUAUCAUCACUACUACGCCUAUCCGAGGUACUACUAUCCAAGCUACCACUACGGAUACUACCCUCGCUAUCACUAUGGUUACUACUGGUAA